CCUUUCUGGAAAUCCUUUCUGAUCCACCUGAUGAUUUUAUAAAUUAUUUCAGUCUUGAAGGAUAUAGCAGAAGGCAUGUUCCGUCUUCGAUCUAUAGUCAUUGCGAGUGCUUUGUGGAGGGGAUAAAAGGGAGAGGAAAUAUGAAAGUUGAGCGCAAAUUAGAAUGAAAAUUGUCAAUCUCUUUUCUCAUUCAAUUUGUCACUAACGUGAAUAAUGCACGUAAAGUUUCUCUUUUUUACCAAUGCAGUUUUCGUAUUCGCGAACAAUGCCUUGUGGUCCAAUCAUCAUCAUCAAUUAUACGCGGAUAAUCCACAACAAAUAUUACAUAGUAAAAACAAUUCAAAGCAUAUAAUGAAAGGGAACAAUAAACUACAGAAGUUAAGACGAGAUAAACCGGUAAUUGAUCAUCAUGUGAAGAAACAAGAAGAAGAAACUAUAUUACCUUGGAAUUUAUCCAAAGAAAGUGAUAGACUGCAUUUUCAUGUACAGGGUCAUGAAGGACCACAAACUUACAUUUUUGGAUUCGAUACUGGAUACGGAAAAAGUAGACAGUAUAGGCUGGAAGAAAGACAUCGGGAUGGUACAAUAAAAGGACAAUAUGGUUAUUACGAUGCAAGGGGUAAAUUAAGAACGAUUCGAUACAUUGCUAAACCCUUUGGAGGGUAUACGGAAAUACACCAUGAAAGCAACAUAAGAAAGCUAAUAAGUUAAA